AAACAAAUGACAAAAUUUAAAGGUUUCAUAAUUCACCUCACCGAAAAUUAUACAAAACUAUCACACUCCUAAACUGUGGUAGUUAUAUCAAUUUAAACUACUAGAACGAGCUUAGCUCAACGCUAAUUCAUAUUUAACCGACCAUGUUUCACAAAAACAACUGCAAUUUGACACUAAGAGAGGAAAGAGGUUUGAUGGUUCUUAAAAUAUAACGAGUCAAGGUCAACUCUUCCUGUCUCCUCUCUUUUUCCUCCUUCUUCUCUCACCUUCAUUCCUCUUUCCCCACCAAUCCCAUUUCUCUUCUUCCUCUCCUUUUCAUUUAUAAAUUAAAUUAAUCCAACAAUUUCAUUCCCACUUCCGGCCGUUUUCCGGCAGCCAUUUUCAACACCCACCAUGACCCUCAUCAACUGUUCCAACUGCCGGACCCCGCUUCAGCUCCCCACGGGCGCCGGCUCCAUCCGAUGCUCCAUCUGCCGCGCCGUCACUGUCGUCGCCGACCCCCGAGGCUUUCCUCCUCCGCCUUCGCCGACGCACCACAAUUACUUUCCCUUCCACCACCACCACAACCACCACCACCACCACCCAUCUCCGCCACCGACGCAGAGUCACUACCACUCUCCGCCACCGCCGAUGUACCCAGGUCCUGCGGGUGGCGGCCGAAGCUCGAAACGGGCGGUGAUUUGUGGGAUAUCGUAUAAAAAUACACCACGCGAGCUUCAAGGGUGUAUUAAUGAUGCCAAGUGUAUGAAGUAUUUGCUGGUCAACCGUUUUAACUUCCCGGAUUCCUCCAUUCUUAUGCUUACGGAUGAAGAAACUGAUAUUUACAAGAUUCCAACAAAACAAAACAUCAGAAUGGCGAUGCAUUGGCUUGUGCAAGGUGUUCAACCAGGAGACUCUUUGGUGUUCCAUUUCUCUGGCCAUGGUUUGCAGCAGAGGAACUACACUGGGGAUGAGAUCGAUGGCUUCGAUGAAUCGCUUUGCCCAUUGGAUUUUGAAACGGCGGGAACGAUCAUCGACGAUGAGAUCAAUGCAACCAUCGUUAGGCCUCUCCCUUAUGGCGCUAAGCUCCAUGCUAUCAUAGAUUCAUGUCACAGUGGAACUAUGUUAGACUUGCCAUUCCUAUGUCGAAUGCACAAGAGUGGAAGCUACACAUGGGAGGAUCAUAGACCUCCAUCAGGUGUAUAUAAAGGAACAAAUGGUGGAGAAGUGAUCUCUUUCAGUGGUUGUGAUGAUGAUCAAACUGCUGCAGACACUCAAGCUAUGUCAAAGGUUACAACCACAGGAGCCAUGACAUUUUCUUUCAUAAAGGCCAUUGAAAGUGGGGAAGCAACUACUUAUGGUAAUAUGUUAAAUUCAAUGAGAUCCACCAUUCGUAAUACCGACCUUAACCCAGGAGGCGACAUCGUUACUAGCCUAAUCACUAUGCUUUUAUCAGGUGGAAGUUUUUUUGGAAGACUCGGACAGGAGCCACAGCUAACUGCCCAUUCAACAUUCGAUGUGUACAGCAAGCCAUUCUCCUUGUAAUAUUUGUAUAUUAUUGUGUAUUUAUUACAAGUUUCAUCAAUCUUUUUUCUUUUUAAUUCUUAAUUUAAAACAAUCUUUUCUUAUACUAGAAAUUGAGAUUAUACCAACGUUUUUGUUAA